UUCGGUGCAUACAGCUAUACUCUGGUCUCUACUAUCUAUAUAUGACUGCCAGCUUUGAGUGAGCCAUCACUGCACUGCUGCACUUGCUCGGGGGUGAGUGAGUAGCGGAGAACAGUAGCUUCGAGAGAACGAGGAAAUGGAGAAGGCACUUACCAAAGUAAGCAGCUUAAAAGUUGGGAGCUCUUGGAUCUCAAGGAAAGCCAAGGAAGAGCUCUCUAACAUUUCUGAAGACAUCACUACUUUCUCAAAUACUGUUGAAGAGAAGGCAAAAUGGAUUUUCAACAAGCUGAAAGGAAAGCCACUGAAGAGCUUGCCAGAUCUGCUUCGAGAGUACAACUUACCACCUGGCCUCUUUCCCCAGAACAUAACCUGUUAUGAAUUUGAUGAGCCGAAGGCGAAGCUGAUUGUGUACUUGCCUUCUGUAUGUGAGGUCAGCUUCAAGGACUCUUGUGUAUUGAGGUAUGCAACUCGAGUAAAAGCAAUCCUCAUGAGAGGAAAGCUCACAGGUAUAGAGGGAAUGAAGACGAAGGUCCUUGUAUGGGUUAAGGUCACAAGUGUGGCAGUCGAGGGCUACAAGUCUGAUAAGGUGUGGUUUACAGCCGGUGUCAAGAAGUCCAGACCUAGAAUUGCAUAUGAUGUCCCACAGGCUGCUGUCAGAGUAGAUGAAUUUUGAGUUAAAACAUAUAUACCUUCUUCCAUUGAUGAUGAAAAAUCCUAGUAAUAUUUUGGCAGAUUAAGCAUAACAUCAUAGGUUGGAGGCUAGUGUAAAAUUCACUCAUUUCUUAUGAUAUGAAUACUUAUGAUUAAGCAUAAUAUCAUGCUUUUUCUCAUUGCGAAAUGCAAAUUUUAGUUGCCUCUGUACUGGCUUUAAAA